UUUACGAGGAUUACUCAAGUAAUAUCAAAGUGCCAUUUACAGAUUCAUGUUACAAACUUAAAACAAGACAAACACGAUUGUGGAGUGAAAUGUGGAACGAGACUAUUAAAAAUAAAGGAAAAUGGUAUGCGGAAAUUCAGAAAGCAGAAAUGCCAGUGCGACCGUGGUAUUUAAAAACGAAGUUCAUGGAUGACACAGAGAGCACAACAACAUCUGCUGAUGAAAAUACUGGUAACUUGUGUGAUAACCCGACAAGGGAUACACUAGCAGAAGGUUUGUUAGGCCUUCUUAAACCUACUGUGGACCAACUUGAUGACAGAGUUCGAGCUACAAGAAUAUCACAAUUGGAGUUAAAGCAACAGAUUGAGUUGUUGAAUGAAGAGUUACAGAAAGUAAAAGAGGCCCUGAACAGCCAUCCUGACUUGGACCCGUAUGUCAAGAAACUAAUUGCUUGUAAACAUAAAGUCACUGUUGUGCUUAAUGUUUUACAAGCAUCACAGGAUAGAUUGAAUGAAAUAAGACGUAUGGUACAAAAAGAAAAGAGUGUUAAUACAAUCAGCACAACACCCCAAGAACCUGAACAAAGUACAAGUACCAUAGCCCCAGAUCACGGCAGCAUUAACUGAUAGAAAUAAUGGAGACU